AUGGAAAAUGCCAUUGAAGCCGACGCAGGCUCAGCAAAAGAGCCGUCCAAGCCUCUUGACACUAUCUCCAUGACAGAAGAUGCAGUCUUUGGUGUUGGAGGCCUGGGAGCGAUAGCUCUUAUUAUGAAGACCCAGUUUGGGCUCGGUGUGCUUUCAAUACCCAAUGUAUUCGACUCUCUGGGCAUGAUCCCAGGAAUAAUAUGUGUCAUAGCUAUUGCAACGGUGACCACUUGGUCAAACUAUGUGAUCGGCGUCUUCAAGCGAAAUCACCCCGAAGUAUACUCUAUCGACGAUGCGGGCGACUUGAUGUUUGGCCGAGUGGGACGCGAGAUAUUAGGCUUCAUGGUUUGUGUUUACUGGAUUUUCUGUUGUGGCUCUGGAUUAUUGAGCACAUCGAUUGGAUUGAAUGCCGUGUCCUCACAUGGAACUUGCACUGCUGUCUUCGUUGCAGUCUCUGCGAUUGCUUCCUUUAGUGUGGCCAGUAUUCGCACGCUUGGCAAGAUUAAGUGGACCGCUUGGGCUGGAGUUGCAUCUGUUUUCAUUGCCGUGAUGAUUACCACGGUCGCGGUAGCUCUUCAGGAACGGCCUUCAGCUGCGCCAGAUACAAAGCAAUGGGAAUCUGACUACAAGCUUGUUGGAAACCCAUUUUUCACGAAGGCAAUUUCGGCAGUCGCUUCUACCAUAUUUGCUUACGCUGGUACUCCUGGAUUCUUCCCUAUCGCAGCAGAAAUGCGUGAUCCUUCACUGUAUACAAGAUCGCUGAUUGUUUGUCAAUCUGCUAUAACUGCCAUAUACAUCUCGAUUGGGACAGUGAUUUAUAUCUACUGUGGCUCUUACGUUUCUUCCCCGGCUCUUGGUUCUGCCGGAACUCUUAUUAAGAAAGUCUCAUAUGGCAUCGCCCUUCCGGGUCUUGUGGUCAGCACGGUUAUUGUCUUACAUUUCUCAAGCAAGUACCUCUUCGUCCGCAUUUUACGGGGCUCGGAGCAUCUCACAGCCAACUCAAUUAAGCAUUGGGCAACUUGGCUGGGCUGCACGUUCGCUAUAACUACUUCCUCUUAUUUGAUUGCCAGUGGGAUUCCAAUAUUCGGUGAUCUCAUCUCUCUCAUAGGCGCUCUUCUUGGAACUUUCAUGUCUUUCCAGCCGAUGGGCUGUAUGUGGUUAUACGAUAAUUGGAAGAGUGGUCGCGAGCAGCCGAAACCGAAGUGGAUCUUUCUGUCGGCCUGGAAUGUGUUAAUUAUUUUUGGAGGGACCUUUUUGAUGGUCGCUGGAACAUAUGCAUCGGUGGUCAACAUUAUUGCUUCUAGCAAAGCAGCGUCUGGUGCCUCUGCAUGGUCGUGUGCUGAUAACUCUAAUUCUUGA